GUUAGCAGGACAGUUGUAGCACGUAACCGGUGUAUGGGUUGGUACACAAAAAUCAUUUUGAUGUUGUUUGUUAUUCACUCAAAGCAGCGCUGUUUAAAAAGGAUAUAAGACAGUGACUGGAGAAACCUGCGAGCCUGAAGGUACAUAGCUAACGUUAAACAACUGCGAUCACCUGCCCUCGCCGUAAGCCGACUGUGUUCAACGUAAGCAGCAGCCACCUGGGUAACAGACAGUUAACGUCAGGUGAAUCACAAUGGCCCAAGGUGUACCGGAUGAGGUGUUGAUGAAUACUACACUGAUAAAAGAAUUGGCAGACGUGGCAAAAGAUGCAGCACUUCUGCAAGGCAUCCUCAUGAGAAUCCAUGAGAGCCCCAACUCAUCAGAGGUGCUGACCUACGCCCCGUUCACACUCUUCCCCACAGUUGUGCCUAAGGCUGUAUUUCUCCAGGCUUUGGCAGUGCAAACUCACUACAACACGCUGGUGGAUAAGAUCAGCCAGGAUCCAGACUUCCUGCAAGAGGCUCUAACUAGCACCACUGAAGUAGAUGAUUUCACUGCAAGGUUGUUUAGGAUUCACCAACAAAUCCUCAAAGAAGGAAGGUCUCAGUCUAUUGUGUUGGGUCUCAAUCGGUCCGACUACAUGAUGGACCAGAGAAACGAUGGGUCUUCGUCUCUGAAGCAGAUCGAAAUCAACACUAUUGCUGCCAGUUUUGGAGGUCUCUCAUCACGCACACCAGAUGUACACAGACACAUCCUUAAGGUGGCUGGCCGACUGGAGGAGAGCCAGCGUAUCCCUGACAACAACCCUGCAGCUGGUCUGGCCAGGGCUAUUGCCAAAGCCUGGGAACUCUAUGGAUCAGAGAGAGCAAUCGUCAUGUUCUUGGUGGAAAACAGGCAAAUGAACAUCUUUGAUCAUCGUUACAUUGAGAACGAGUUGUGGAAGAGAAACAUUCCCACGAAGAGGAAACUGUUUGAAGAUGUCUGGAAGACAGGCUCCCUUGAUCAGGACAAGAGGCUGUUUGUAGAUGGCGAGGAGGUUGCUGUGGUGUACUUCAGGAAUGGCUACAUGCCUCAGAACUACGUUUCUGAACAGAGUUGGGAUGCUCGUCUUCUCAUGGAACGCUCUCUGGCUGUGAAAUGUCCAGAUAUCAGCACUCACCUGGCUGGAACCAAGAAGGUCCAGCAGGUGCUUGCCAGACCUGGAGUUCUGGAGAAGUUCUUCCCUGACCAGCCCCAAGUAGUGGAGCAGAUCAGAGCAACAUUCGCUGGCCUCUACACUCUCGACAUGGGACCAGAGGGAGACAAAACAGUAGAAAUGGCUUUGGCUGCACCAGACCAGUUUGUUCUGAAGCCACAGCGAGAGGGAGGAGGUAACAACAUCUAUGGAUCAGAGAUCUGCCAGGUCCUGCAGGAAGUGAAGGGGAGUACAGAGAGGAUGGCCUAUAUUCUGAUGGAUAAAAUCCAUCCUGCCCCCGUGCAGAACAUCCUGCUGAGAAGAGACGCUCCUCUCAAAAUCAGUGAAUGUCUCAGUGAACUGGGAGUGUUUGGAGCCUAUGUCAGACAAGGUAAAGAGAUGGUGAUGAACGAGUGUGUGGGUCACCUGCUGAGGACCAAGAGUUCAGAACACUCAGAUGGAGGCGUAGCAGCGGGAGUGGCUGUGCUGGACAAUCCCCUCCUCGUCUGAGUACUGAUACUGGGCUCUCAACAAAACAACGGAAUGCAAAUGGACAAGUGAAAACAAGGUUGCACCAUGAAAGUGAUGCCGGGACAAUCUCGAUAGAUUCAAGUUUAGAUUCCUUCUGCUAUUUGAGGUGAUGCUGUUGACAAAUGUCCUGAUGUUUGUCCUUUGCCUUAAUCACCAAUAUCAAUAUGCUUGUUUGUUUUCAGUGUAACGGUUUUGUUCAAAUGGAGUGCUGGGCUCAAAUACAGUCUAAAAAAGUGAAGAUUCUUAAAGCAAUCAUUUAAUCAUUUUAACGCAAUAAUGGGCUCAGUUUGGUUACAAAUGAGAAGUUUUUUAUUAGAUCAGAAGUCUUGCUGUUUCAAGGACAUAAUCAUUUUUCUUUUUGAUUGGUAUAUACUGUAGUUUGGUCUGAGUUGGCUUUGACAGCAGCCUAGUAUUGCAGCAAACAGUUUGCUUUAUACAUCCACAUACUUUUUGCUUUAUUUGCUGUGGCCAUUUAAAAAACUUUAUAUUAACAAAUAACACAUCAUAUUUUUAAAUUCAAUGUUAAAUAUUGGAAGAUAACUGUUAUUAUUCUUUAUGGCACCUUGAAUUCAAGAAACAGAGCUCAGAGUGCUUUAAGUUAUGGGAACAGCUCAAUAGCUCAGAAUCAGAAUUGUCUUUAUUGCCAAGUACUUGAAGAGUUUUCAUAUUACUUGAAAUUUGUGUAAGUGCAUACAUAAAACAUAAGAAUGAGUAACGUAUAAUAAGAAUAAAAUUAAACAAGAUAAAAUAGAAUUAAGUAAAAUAAAUAUGGUUCUGGAGGUAGUGCAAGAGUGAGGUAAGUGAGGUAAACAGUGUAAAUGGACAGCAGGUGGAUCGUGGGGACAGUGACUGUACUGAAGCUAAUUGCCAUUAUACUGUUGUGAUAUGUUGUGGUGGUCAUUUUUAGAUUUUCUUUUAAAAUUUUGAGGGUUUUAUUAAGGUGGACAUUUUUUAUGCAAAUGAGCAAAGAAACAGCAGAACAGAGCACUGGAACUGAUUAGCAAGUGAGAACAGCAUUUCCACUGAAAAGUGAAACUCUUAAGUAUCUACAUCACAUCAAGGAUGCUACUGCUGCAGGACUUUACAAGCAGAACAAACUGAUGGACAUCUGCAAGAAAUUUGCAAUUGUCAUUCUCCCUAGAAUGCAUUCUAGAGUUAAUGCUGUGAUUUUGUUAUAACCAUUUUAACGGAUUAAAGCAUAAUGAAGUCAAACAUAAUGAAUCCGAAUGUCAGACUCUUGGGACCAAAAAACUAAAAAAAUACUGCUGAACAAUGUUCAAUAAAAACACAAACAUGUA